AUGUCUACUCUGAUGGACUCUUCUCCAAGCAAGCUCAAUGCUUCCUCGAGUUUGCCUCGCGUGGCAGGAGUAAAACGUCCUGCUCCAUCGCUGCUCCCGGCAUUCGAACCGCUCUCAAGCUCGCCAGGUCUUCCGCGCCCAUUCAAAAGACAAGCCCGAUCCUCACCCUCGCAAAGAGAGGCUCUGUACAAUAAAUACCCUACGCCAAUACCCACAUCAACCACAGGAAUACUCUCCUCUUCGCCUCCACGUGUACAAGGCCGUCCAUUCAUCCAGCGAACUCAAUCUUCAAUUUCUGAAAGAGCGCCUCUAUCUGCAGUACCCUCGAUCAACCUACCGGAAAAUGGAGAGACUUUGCGCAUGGGAAGAUCGAGUACCUCCUCCGAUUAUACUCUAGCAAGUAACCGACUGAUAUCUCGCGUUCACGUCGAGGCUCGAUACAUUGCCGCGUCGGUCCCAUUGGAACCAAAUAGGGUGGAAAUAAAAUGUAAAGGCCAUAAUGGAAUAAAACUGCACUGUCAGGGCAGGACAUGGGAGUUGGCAAGAGAUGACACGUUCACUUCGGAAACAGAAUACGUGGAUAUCAUGCUGGACGUUCUCGACACACGCGUUCUGAUCGCGUGGCCGGAAAGGGAACGUAAAGAAUCCGUUGGAGUCCAAACAGAAUCGUCCUGGGAUGAAGAGGCUUCACCGAGAGGACCUGCUACUGCUGUGAAUGCACGAGGACAAGUUAUACAUUCCAGCCCGUUACGUCGUGGACGGCGUCUCGAGUCUCCAGAAUCACCUACACCUGCUGGCCCAUCCCAACCUGCACGUAGAUUGUCAAAUCUCUUUUCAGAUGACAUCGAGCCAGAUGUCGUUCAAGUAUAUGAAGAUGCUUCUUCUCCAGAACUUGAACCAGAGGUCACCGUUGAUCAGUCUAUGGUAUCCACACAAGCGGCCACUUCCUUCCCGGCCCCGUUCAACUCAAGUCAAGAAAGUGAACUUAGCGACCUAGAGGAUGAACAAGACCCAAAUGAAGAGAACGAUCCGGUUGUCCAUUCAUUCGGUCCAUUCGGUGCCAACAUCACUAAUCGACUGGAAUCAUUUACCGCAGCCGACUCGCCAGAACAGCCGAAACGCAAAGGGCGGCCCGCACAUCGAUCGUCCGACUCUCCCGAACCCAGAUCAAGCUCAGAAAUGACCAAUGAAGCAGAAGCAGUACCGAUUGUUAAUCACGUUGUUAACCAACUCGCAUUCUCCCGUCUCUCUUCCACACCACUCUCUGUCAUCAUGACCCAUCUCCCAGCCGACCUAAAGGGCGGUAGCCCAAGCGACCCCGAAAACAGAGGUUUGACCAAACAAGAACUGUGCAGGAUGUUGAAUGCAGCACCUUGUAUCGGUGAAAUCCGUCGAGAAGGAAAAGAUGCCGCCGGAAAGGCUCUUGAAAGCGAGUAUUAUUACAUACCAGACGCAGAUACAGAUGAAACACGCAGAGCCGCAGUCGUUAAUGGCAUGCGAAAACCAAGUUUGAGAAAUUGCAGGAAGCAGCACAAGCAAUAUUACUGGAAGAGACCCCGGACGCCUUAA